AUGUCUGACCAUGAGGGGCACGCCGGAGGUAUCCCAGGGUCCGACGAAGACCUCUCAUUGCCGAAGGCAACCGUCGCGAAAAUGAUUACAGAAUUGCUCCCCAAUGAUGUGACAUGCUCGAAGGAGACGAGAGACCUUGUUAUUGAAUGUUGUGUAGAAUUUAUUCACCUAAUAUCUUCGGAGGCGAAUGAGAUUUGCGAGAAGGAGUCGAAGAAGACAAUAGCGCCUGAGCAUAUAAUAUCCGCGUUGAAGCACCUUGGAUUUGAGUCCUUUACAUCUGAAGUCGAGGAUGUCUUGAAGGAUCACAAACAGCAGCAGAAAGACCGAGAGAAGAAAGUGUCAAAGUUCGAGCAAUCAGGGCUCACAGAGGAGGAGCUCCUCAAACAGCAAGAGGAGUUAUUCGCCGCAAGCCGAGCGAAAUUUCAAUCUGCACAGCAGUAA